AUGUGCGGCUCCAGCCCGGAGGACGACCCCCCGCCCUGCAGGAACUGGUCAUCCUCCCCCGGGCUCAACGACACGCGGGAGGCUCUUCUAGCCCCCUCCACCGACUACGACGACGAGGAGUUCCUGCGGUACCUCUGGAAGGAGUAUCUGCACCCCAAGGAGUACGAAUGGGCGCUGAUCGCCGGCUACAUCGUCGUGUUCAUCGUGGCGCUCGUCGGGAACGUCCUGGUUUGCAUUGCAGUGUGGAAGAAUCAUCACAUGCGGACAGUUACCAACUAUUUCAUAGUAAAUCUCUCUCUGGCUGACAUUCUGGUCACAAUUACUUGUCUUCCAGCGACUUUAGUAGUGGACAUCACAGAAACUUGGUUCUUUGGGCAGCCUCUCUGCAAAGUGAUUCCCUACUUACAGACAGUUUCAGUCUCUGUGUCUGUACUAACACUGAGCUGCAUUGCUUUGGAUCGAUGGUAUGCAAUUUGUCACCCUUUGAUGUUCAAAAGCACAGCCAAGCGGGCAAGGAAUAGCAUUAUAAUUAUCUGGAUUGUGUCCUGCAUUAUAAUGAUUCCUCAGGCUAUUGUUAUGGAGUGCAGCAGUGUGUUCCCAGGACUAGCCAAUAAAACCACCUUAUUCACAGUGUGUGAUGAGCACUGGGGAGCUGAGGUUUACCCCAAGAUGUAUCACACAUGUUUUUUUCUGGUGACAUACAUGGCACCACUGUGUCUUAUGGUGUUGGCCUAUUUGCAAAUAUUUCGAAAGCUGUGGUGUCGCCAGAUCCCAGGAACUUCUUCUGUUGUUCAGAAAAAAUGGAAACCUCUGCAGUCCUCAGCACUGCCCCGUGGGAUGGGACAAUCAACAAAGUCAAAAAUUAGUGCUGUAGCAGCUGAAAUAAAACAGAUUCGUGCAAGAAGGAAAACAGCACGUAUGCUAAUGGUUGUCCUCUUGGUGUUUGCACUUUGCUAUUUACCAAUUAGCAUCCUCAAUGUCUUAAAAAGGGUUUUUGGGAUGUUUAAUCAUGCUGAUGACAGAGAAACUGUAUAUGCCUGGUUCACAUUCUCACACUGGCUUGUAUAUGCAAACAGUGCAGCCAAUCCUAUUAUUUAUAACUUCCUCAGUGGGAAAUUUAGAGAAGAAUUUAAAGCAGCAUUUUCUUGUUGCUUCUUUGGCAUUCGUCGUCACCAUGAUGAACGGCUUACCAGAGGUCAUGCCAGUACAGAGAGUCGAAAAUCUUUGACCACUCAGAUCAGCAAUUUUGAUAAUGUUUCAAAACUUUCAGAACAUGUUGUAUUGACCAACAUUAGCACACUUCCAGCAAACGGUAUCACAGCUACACUAAGCCCAUUGAAAUCAGUGGAACUGCAUCUCCACAUACCAGGGAUGAGUAUGUCUUCAAAUUUAGAUGAAGCAGUGAGAGUUUCUGCAGAAGAUACUGGUGCAGCAGAGAAUGGAAAGUGGGACAAAUUCAUUCCUAAUAUAACUAAACUUACCUCUAUGGAAUUACAGCAAGGCUGA